CCUUAAUACUAAACUUAACUCUUUCUUCUCUUCUUGAAAACAUAUUUUAUCUUCAAAACAAAUCCAACAAGUAAAAAUGAUUGUCAUACUGCGGUUGGCAGUAGGAUUGUUAGGAAAUGCUGCCUCACUUUUACUUUAUGCUGCUCCCAUAUGGACUUUCGCUAGGGUCAUAAAGAAGAAAAGCACAGAAGAAUUCUCAUUUGUACCUUACACCAUUUCCCUGUUCAAUUGUUUGAUGUAUACUUGGUACGGUUUGCCGGUUGUAAGCUAUCAAUGGGAGAACUUUCCCAUGAUUACCAUUAACGGCCUAGGUAUCCUUCUCGAGCUAUCGUUCAUUAUCAUCUUCAUAUGGUUCACUUCACCUAAACAAAAGUUGAAAGCAGGGAUCAUGACGAGUGCAGUUACGACCAUCUUCUCCAUCACUGCUUUGAUAUCAACUUUUGUAAUCCAUGAUCACAAAACCAGAAAACAGUUAGUCGGAGGUGUGGGACUUGUAGCGUCGGUGGGCAUGUAUGCUUCUCCUCUUGUUGUCAUGAAAAAGGUGAUCCAGACAAAGAGUGUGGAGUAUAUGCCAUUUAGCUUAUCCUUGUUCUCGUUUCUUGCAAGUGCCUUAUGGAUGGCUUAUGGACUUCUAGGCCGGGAUCUUAUAAUAGCGGCUCCAAAUCUGGUGGGGGCCCCUCUAGGGGCAUUGCAAUUGGUGCUGUACUGCAAAUACAGGAACAAAGUAAUGGAGGAGCCAAAGCCUGCACAAGAAUGGGACGUAGAAAAAGUUGAUCAGAAAAACAGCAAACAAGAUUUACAGAUUACCGUAGUUACAAUUGAUGAAAGUAUUAAAGAAAAACAAUCUCAGAUAAUGAAGUCCUGAUCGAGUAGAUUAUGCACAUCGUAUUUCAUAAGCAGAGAUGAACUAAAUUAGAGGAUCAGUUAACUGCAAAAGUAGUAUCAACUUAUUUUCUAAAAAAUGUGAUGGUAGUAAUAGCUAUUUUUUUCAUGGUUCAAUUUAGUUUAAUGUUUAUGUAAUCAUGCCUCAUUUCAUGAUCAUGUUAUUUCACUUUCAGUAA